GGGAUGGAGCCACACCCGGCAGAGGGCACAGACAGAACUCGACCACUGUCGUUGUACGACAGUGUCUUCAGCAACGACCACACGCCACUGCUGCCUGGUUGCAAAUGCUUUGCCUGUCAGCACCACACGAGAUCCUAUCUGCACCAUCUUCUUCUAACGCACGAGAUGUUAGCCCAGGUCCUGCUAAUGAUGCACAACAUGCACCACUAUUGGGUAUUCUUCGAGAGCAUCCGCGCAUCCAUCACUGACAGUACAUUUGAACAAGCGGCUGCAGAUUUCCAUGGCUGCUAGAGGCAGUACAUGAGAUGUGAUUGUAAACACAAGUUCUGGGGAGUCUUGUGGCAUUGUGAGUUCGAUAUUACUGACGUCAUGGCAACAUAGGAGAACUUCUCUAAUAUGUUCUUUUAGAAAUAUAGUUUUCUACAAGGAACAACCUGUUGGCAUGAAUUCUCAACUGCGGCUGAUCCGGGGAUCCAAUCAACGAAAGGAGAUCUUGAAUUGAGAAUGCUAUGCGCAUUGCCCUAUCUACGUGUAAGGUGCUUUCACGUUGGCAAUACUCGUAUCUCGUUUAUACCGAUGAUGCCGUAGGAUGCCCAUAUCUGUGCUACAUAAACAUAUGACAAC